GAUGGCUCUGUGCGCGGACAGCGGCCCGGGAGCCAGCGGCUAGGUUCGCGCUACGGAGAAACGCUCAGUGUCAACCGGUGUGGUCCGCACCCCCUGUACCCUCUAGUGACGUCACUACCUAAUGAAGCCCACAAAAACUCUGGACACAGAAGUUUAAUGGGAUUCCUGGUUGAUGAAAGACAUCAGUGCGCUGGGAAAGGUAAUACAUCCUUUGGGACAUGGAAACUCUGUGCUAGGAACCCUCCCAGACCUCGUCCUAUGCUUCUCUUCAUUUGUAUCCUUUUUUGCCAUAAUAAAGCUGUAAUCCUAAGUAUAGCACUUUCCAUCAGCCCUGUGAGUCAUUCCAGUGAACUAUCAAACCCAAAGGAAUUGUUAAAGCCAGCAGGUAAGAAAACAGGGGGCUGGGAACUCCUGAGCUUGCAGCUGGUAUCCUGAGGGGGUAGAGGGAACCCCUAAAAUUGUAGCCAAUAGGUGAGAAGUGAGAGAGCCCAGGGAGGGAUUCCCAAGCUUGUGGCUGGCAUCCCAAAGAGGUAGAAGGAAACUCCAAAUUUGUAACCAAUGAGUUAGAAGUUAGGGAGCCCAGGGGACUACCAAGCUUGCAGCUGACUUCCUGAAGGGCUAGAGGGAAACCCUAAAUUUGUAGCCAGCAGGUCAGAAGUGAGGGUGCUGUGUGGACCCCCAAACUUGUGGCUGACAUCUGCCUUUUUGGCAGUCUGAAGGACGGUGCCCUUUUAACUUGUGAGGUCUGACUUAGCUCUGAGUGGCUAGGGUCAGAGAAGGGUUUACGUGGGCAGCUGGUGUCAGAACUGAACAGAGAAGUAAAAAGUGGGGAUUUGAUUUAUAUUGAGUAUUAUCCUUGAAUCUUCCCAGCUAGGUUGUAAGCAAGAAAGGAGUCUUUUUCCGCUUCUUUGCCCAUCUCUCCCUGAUACGUAGCACAUGGGCCUUGGGAUUGUUUAUUGACUAUACCCAAAGUUCCCCCCAUUCCAACCCGAAUUGUUCUCUCCGGCCUUGGCACUUGGUGCCUGGCUUCAAUGUCCUCUUCAUCCCUGAGGUUUUUCCACUGUCCUUCCACUUUGCCCCUCCUACUGAAACUGUCUUUCUCAAGAUACAUGGUUCCAGUGUGCCACUUCCUCCCAAAACCUUAGCCUCUGCCCUCUGUGUCCUCAGUGCUCUAAGUGAAGGCUCGUAGUACAUCCAGCCUUGACUAAGAAGUAAGUGUUUAAAUAGUUUCUCCAGGUAGAUUGUACACUCAUGGGAGUGGGGAGACAGCAUGUCCUUCGCUACUUUACACCUAGCUCAGAGCUUUGCCCAAGAUAACCACUCGUUGCUUCACUUCAGAACUGGAAGUCCAUGGCAAGGAAGCACAGAAUGAAGGCAAGUGUUCUCCAUAUCUCUUAGCAGUUUUAGAAAUUUCAUUUUAGUAUCAAAUGAACCUCAUCAGAGGGAAUCCUGUUUAGUUGCAUUGCUUGAUGGUAUUGGCUUAAAAAGAAAAAAAAAUUAAGCACCAUCCAAUAUAGUACAAAGUUCCUUAGUGGUUAACAGGGCCGGGAAGGUGAGGGAAAAGGGGAGUUACUGCUUAAAGGACACUGAGUUUCUGUUAAGGGAUGAAAAAUUUUAGGAACAGACAAUGGUGAUGGUCGCACAACGUGAUGGACAUAAUUAGUGUCACUGAAUCAUACACAUAAAAAAAUGGAACUGUUUUGUCAUACAUAUUUUUACCACAGUUUCAAAAAAUAAAUAAAAGAUGACUGUUCAACAAUGACUACAAAAAAAUGAAGACAUUGAAAGAAGGGAGGAAAAAAAAGAAUCCUCCAAACGUCUUUCUAUUUUUUUAGUUUUUGCAUUUAAAUCGAAAAAUUUAGGAAGCUGAUUUAGUCUAACCGUAACUUGCAUUUAUGCAACACUUGGGAGUUUUCUCAGCCCUUACCCCAUUUGAAGUCACAGGAAAAGUCAACUUAGUUUUCAGUCUUACUGAACAACUGUUUUUUCGGCCCCUCUGGUCUGGACUUCUGCGUAAGUUUAGGGGUGUACAUUAAGUCUUGAUCUAAAAUGUUUCUAUUCAUAUGAUCCUUUUACUCUGCUUAACUAGAGUGAUAAAUUAGGCAGUUUCAUGCUAAUCAUAGUCUUACAGGUUAGAAACAAGCACAAGCCUCACCUGAGGUCACAUCCAAGCUUUUUAUGUGGAGAUAUCAGGAGAAUAGUAAAGGGUUUUGACUAAGGUAUUACGCUAGGUUCUAAGUGGUGGUUCAGUGGUUAAGUGCUCAGCUGCUAAUCAAAAGGUCAGCAUUUCAAACCCAGCAGCCCCUCCACGGGAUUUGUAGAGAUUAGAGCCCUAGGAAACCCUAUGGGGCAAUUUGCUCAGUCACACGGGGUCACUAUGAAUGACUAUGGGUCAGAAUCGUUUCAAUAAAAAAAAAAAAUUCAAUGGCACCUAACAAAAACAGCAGCUUUUGAGAAGCUUGUUGAGUUACUGGGCUUUUCUGCUCUUUUUCUUUAAUUUUGAAAAAUUGAUAAUUUUCAGAUUCUGUCAAUAAACUAUCAUCAGAGGUUAUUUCAUAAAGAUAAUUUUUAUGGGAAAGAAACUGAAUUAAGAAGAUAUUUUCCUAUAAAAACAGAAUCAUGGAUAAAAUCGAUAGGAUGUCUGGGCAUUCUUUCAAAAUAAUCCAGGGCAGGGGGGAUGGGAGGAUAUAAAUAAUCACACUUGGCCAUGAAUUCAUAAUUCUUAAAAUGGGGUAUUGGACACAUGGACACAUUGCCCCAUUGCCGUCGAGUUGAUUCCAACACAUAGUGACCCUCUAGGGCAGUGUAGAACUGCCCCAUAGGGUUGCCAAGGAGAAACUGGUGGAUUUCUACUGCCGACCUUUUGAUUAGCACCUGAGCUCUUAACCACUGUGCCACCAGGGCUCCAUUGGGUACAUAGGUGGUUAUUAUAUUGUUCUCACGAUAUUUGUAUAAGUUUGGAGUUUUCCGUAAAAAAAAGUUAAGGAAAAAAAAAAAGAAUCAGAUUUUAAAUUGAGGUGGCUAUUACUCUGAGCCUGUUCAGUUGUUUUACUUAAUGAAGCUCUUUGAAAAGGUGCUCUUACCUGGCUCCAGACACUGUCAAGAUAAUACCUUGAAAGUUUACUAGCAGUCUGUCUUGGCAAUCCUGAGUCAAACUUUUGCUUGUCUUGAACACUGCGAUUUCUUCUCUGCUCAGACAUUUCAGCGUACACACUCCCGCCAAUAAUGUAUGUACAUAAACACACAUAAAAAAUUAAACAGGUGUGAUUUUAGCUCUGAGAAUUUAAAACCUGGGAAUACAGACAUACUUUGUGUCCCUGGCCUAAAGACCCCAGGUGGGCAACCAGGCAAGGAGGUAGGGAGCCCCAAGAUUCGAACUUCCUGCCAGGCCCCUGGAAUGGGGACAUGCGUCCCCGAGUCAGGCCCUGUAUGAGCAAAGCCAAGCCUGCAAGGGAGCCCGGGACGGAGCCAGAAGGCUGGCUCCUGGCCUGCUGUGCUUCAUUUUCCAGUGACUGUCCAGGCAGACGGCUUGCUGACAGGCAGUUUAUGAGUGAUGCCUUGGAGUGCAGUAAUGCGAACUGGUGGUGCUUCUGCUUUCGUUGGACACGCCCUAGCCGGGCAGGACUGAGUCUCUGACCACAUGGGUGCAGCUUCUCCCUCUAGCUCCCAUGUAGCCGGCUCCCGGGCAGCAGCACAGGGGAGAGGAGCUAACGCCCAGCUAACUGAUGGCCGGGAAGUACCUGAAGGGAGAGAGGGUGGAACCAGAAUGCUUGCCUCCUUGUGCAGCCUCCCUCAGGAUUGUCAUGUGGCUUUAUGUAUUCUAUGCCCUUCUUCCAAAGAUAAGAACUAAUAAAGGUCAGAUAGGUAAGUGAAAAAUGUCUUUAGCGCCCCCUCAGUGUCUCCUUUUGUGCCUUCCUCCCCCCAACUAAAACCAAACCAAACCCGUUGCCAUCGAUUUCAACUCAUAGCAACCCUAUAGGACAGGAAAAACUGCCCCAUAGGGUUUCCAAGUGUUGCAGGGCAAGGCUUCCCAGCUUGGGACUAAGCACUACCUAGGUUCUUGCCUUCUACCAACCAAGAAUGACCAGGAGAGGCUCAGAGGUUCCACAGGAACAAAGGUUUAUUAGUGACAGAAAGAAAGUAAAAGGCUUGUGAGGGAGAGACGGAGAGAGGCUUCUACCUACGCUAGCCUCCAGUCUCUCUCCGAACGGAGGUUUUUCUGGAGUUUAUAAGGGGUUUUAGGUGGGAAGGAUGUUAUGUUUUAUUCACUGCUUUUGGGGGGGGAAGGCAGGUCUUGCUGAGAAGUAGAGGGGUUAAAGAAAUGAGGUGCGUGCGCAUCUGGGGUCCAAGGUGGAGUCAGUUUGGACAGUGUUACGUCACUACUGCGCAGUCUCUGUGGCCACUUGGCACCCAUUUUCACUGCACAUGUCCCGGGGAUCCUCUAAUUCUGUUCAUCUUUGGAAAACAGCUUGUAGGAUAUGGAGAACUGCAUGGGUCAGGGUCCAGGAUGUGGGCCUUUUUGUGACACCACCCCCUAUGGUGGAGUCCUGAAAAACAACUUGCAAGAGAAAUAUGCAAAGCUUUGUGCCACCUGGGCUGCAUGUGUGGGUUAUCUUGUAACACCACCCCCAGGAUAGAGUCCCAGAUCAACGGGCCAGUUAUUCCCACCUUGAGGUUGUCCAGCCUCUGUCCCUGUCUCACAAGGAGGGGCCGGUGGAUUUGAACUGUCAACCUUUUGGUUAACAGCUGAGCUCUUAACCACUGCUUAAGCAGGGCUCCAAACUGUCCAGAGCGCUCCUUGUGGCAGGAGAAGGCCAAGUCUGAGGUCGCACUACCACUCUGGUGUGAAUGGGUUUGGGGUGUGCUUCCUUCCCAUAAGAUGUGUGAGCUUCAGCAGGCUCCUCAGAGGAGAAAUUAAGCACCUGGAAGAUAGGGAUCAUGCCUUGUUCAUCUUUUUUUUUAAUUCAUACAACAUAAGAUUCACCAUUUUAAAGGGUAUGGUUCGGUGGCAUUUAGCACAUUCACAGCGUUGUACAGCCACCUCCUCUAUCUAGUUCCAGAACAUUUCCAUGAGCCCCAAGGGAAACCCCAUACCUGUCAGCAGUCAGUCCCAGUUCCCCCAUUCCCCUUUCCCACAACCGUAAACAAACACUAGUCUACUUUCUCUCCAUGGAUUUGCAAUCACGCAGUAUGUGUUUUUUUGUGUCUGACUUCUUUCACUCAGCAUCAUGUUCUCAAAGUCCAUCCACAUUGUAGCAGGUAUCAGAACUUAUUCCUUCCUAUGGGCUUGUCCAGCUUUGCAUCGCAGCGCCUAACACAGUGGCUGGACCAAAGUGAACAACAGCAACUCGGAUGGAGGGUGGGUAGGAUUAACCAGGCACAGGUGAAAGGAGAGGGGCCCUGGGGACGGAAGAACAUCUGCACAAGCCCUGAGCCUGGUGGAGCUUUGGGACUUGGAAGAACUAAAGUCCACGUGGCUGGUGAGAGGAGGCAGCGGGGACAUGGACAGGAGGCUGGAAGCUCGGGAGGGCUGGGUCACGGUGUGGGUUACGUGGUCCUGCAGCCAGGCAUGCUCCUGGUUGCUCAGAGGGUGUCCCCAACCAGCUGUCUGAAUGCAUCCCAAGCAAUCACCCUAAACUGUUUGACAUCUAGAGUUGCAGUGAUGUGUAAUCAAGAAAAAAAAUUUUUCUUUUUUUCAUUUCGUAACUUAUUUGUUGAAAUGGUACAAGGACAGGAGUUUGCAGGGAAAAUGGAUGGAGCAAUAUGGAUAGGGGGAGGCUAUGGGUCUCAGCUAACAUGACCAUGAUUUCACAACGCAGCAGUGGGUGUGGGGAAGCAGUGUGUGCUGCGACCCUCUGUGAACUGUGGGAGGUGCAGGUGUCUAGGCGAAGUCGGAGUGUGUACUCAGAGUGAACCUACCUGUAGAUUAAGUCAGGAUUACCUUCUCCACUUUCCCAGGUUUCAGGGACAUGGCGUGACACCUAAAGCUGGCCAAGAGUCACAGAUAAUGUUUAAACUCAGAUUCCAGACCCACCCAUAACUAUUUUGGCAGGAUGUAUCUGGCUUUUUCAGUGCAACCUAGAAGCAGGCCUAUUAUUUUGACUCAGAGUGCCUGGAGGGAGCUUAAUCUUUGUUUUCUUCCUACAGGCGAGAUAACUAAGUAGAGUUUCCGCAAGUCUACUUUUUAAAAAAAUGUUAAGAAACCGUCCUCUAAACAGUCUUCGUUCUUGUUCAUAAAGAGAAGCCUUUCCCUGGCCCUCUAAUGUUUGUCAGCCCCGAGGGAAAGGCAGAGAGCUUGAGUCAGUCCUCCUGGGCCCUGCCUUCCUCUGGGUCACCAUUGAGUUUGAGGAGCAAGAGUGAAUAGCAGAUUAACUCUCCUUUGGGGCACUCUCCCUCCCCAGGGCGUGUUCUAAUAGUCUGAAUGUUGUCCUCCUACUUAGGGGUGGCCACAUGAUCUUAAAUCUUGGUGGUUUUCAGCUUUUUCUUCUCUGCCCUUCUGUCACUAGGGUGUUAGGUUCUUGCAAGUUAUUUGGACACUGAUCAAGAUUGCAAGCUAAAGAUGGUGCUGAUAGCUAGCCUUCGGCUCCUUUGUCAAGCAUUUCCCCGCACAAUGCCGUGGACAAGGAUCCGGGUCCCCAGGCCCGCUUCAAGGCGGCCCUGCAGCCUCUACACCUGCACUUACAAAACCCAGAACCGAGCCUUGCAUCCGCUCUGGGAGAGCAUGGACCUGGUUCCUGGGGGUGAUCGACAGUCGCCAAUCAAUAUCCGGUGGAGGGACAGUGUUUACGAUCCCAGCCUAAAACCUCUCACCAUCUCUUAUGAUCCAGCCACCUGCCUCCACGUCUGGAAUAACGGGUACUCUUUCCUCGUGGAAUUUGAAGAUUCUACAGACAAAUCAGUGAUCAAGGGAGGACCCCUGGAACAUAACUACAGGUUGAAGCAGUUCCAUUUUCACUGGGGGGCCAUCAACACCUGGGGCUCCGAGCACACCGUGGACAGCAAAUGCUACCCGGCGGAGCUGCACUUGGUGCAUUGGAAUGCAGUCAAAUUUGAAAGCUUCGAGGAUGCGGCACUGAAGGAAAACGGUUUGGCUGUGAUAGGAGUCUUUUUAAAGCUAGGCAAACAUCAUAAAGAACUGCAGAAAUUGGUGGAUAUGUUGCCAUCAAUUAAGCACAAGGACACCCUUGUGGAAUUUGCGUCAUUCGACCCUUCCUGCCUGAUGCCCACCUGCCCGGAUUACUGGACCUACUUGGGGUCUCUGACCACCCCGCCACUCUCCGAAUCCGUCACCUGGAUCAUUAAGAAGCAAGCAAUAGAGGUUGAUCACGACCAGCUUGAACAAUUUCGGACCCUGCUUUUCACAUCAGAGGGGGAGAAAGAGAAAAGGAUGGUCGACAACUUCCGCCCCCUUCAGCCCCUAAUGAAUCGCACAGUCCGCUCGUCCUUCCGUCACGAUUAUGUCCUGAAUGUACAAGUAUAACCCAAGCAGCAGACCAGCCAAGUACCCCCUAAGACGUUCACAUCUAGGCAGCAUCUUAAUACAUGUUACCUUUUAAAAACUGUUAACUAGACUGUUCUAAACGGCUGCACUUUACUAGUAAUUGAAUGUAAUCAUAGAUGCCCAUUUCCUGGUACGGGAGCUUCCCAUCAAUCUCUGCGGAAAGAAGCUCUUUGGUCAACAGAUUCUUACUUUUAUCGAUAAUGAUAUUUAUCACCGAAGUACCAGCAAGACACACAAGAUUCUCAUCUUAUAGCAACCAGUUGCUGAUGGUGAUAUCUUUUUAGGUCUGACUUUUCUGAGCUGCCGUUUUAUGUUUAUCAGUUGGUGGUUCUAUAGAGAUACAGGUAGGGAUGAUCAUCAAGGUGUUUGGCACUGACCACACAGAACACCGGCCUGUGAGAAACAGCCAUCAGCCCAGACUGGAGCGUCCUGGCUGAACAUGGGCCUUGGUCUGAGGUGUAAUUUAUUUCAGAACAUGAAUGUAUACUCUUGUAUAAGGGCUUCUCAAUGAGUAUGUUGGCCGUGACCUUUCAUUGUCGUUGCUAGUACUUGAUAUGCUCAUUAUCAAUUUAUAAUGUAGAAAAUGUAUUUGGUAAUCAGAAGCAAACAAGGACUUUAACUUAUAUCCUAGAAUCCUUUUGCCUUCCCGAAGAUCAGAUAUUUUAUUUAAAGGCUUGCUCAUGUAGAAAGCAUAGGCAGAACAUUUGAAAGAAAGUGCUUAAAGUGCCUAGAACUUAGAAUUCUUUCAUGGCACAUUUACAGAAAUGUUUUUCAAAAGAUUAAUAAUCAAAUAGUCUAUAGCUUAUGGCAUUAUUUUGCAUUAUUUGUACAGUGCUUUAUAGAAUAUGACGAUAAUAUUUUCCACAAUGAAAGAGCUGCCUUGACUUCCCUUUAAAGCUGUCUGAAUGUUAUUUAGUCAUUAGUUGAGGUUCUUUGUUGGCAAGGCAGGUGAUCAACUUCGAUCUCCCAAUUUAUACAGUAGUUUAGAAGAUUUUUGUCGCAGUAAUAGGGAGAUUUUUUUUAAUAGGGAGAGAAAUGUACCAGAUAGGCUGUAAUCUGUCAUCCCACAUAAUUCUGAAGACUACAUGCCACUGCCGCCCUAGCGCUACGUCUCUUGGAAUAUUUCCAGCUGCCUAGAAACCUGUGUUCAUUCAGACUCAGUGUUGCAUCAGUAACUAGUAAUAUUUUUUUCAUCAACAGACUAGUCAUCAAGUCUGCAAGAUAGGGCUGGAGUUGUAUGUGGAAGCAUUUGGAGAUACCUCUGUUCCAUAAAAAGAGGGUGAAGAUAUUUGCUUCUAGGGUGCUUGCCCUCUUUGGGAAAGGGAAGCAUGUGCACCCUAGGAAAUGCGUAAGAACCCUUGAAAAGAUGAUGUUAGCUGCCAUCAAGUUGGCCCCCAACUUGUGGUGACCCCACACACAACGGAACCAAAUGCUGCCCAGUCACCAUCGGUUGCAGUUAGACCAUUGCGAUCCAUAGGGUUUUCACUGGCUGAUUUUUUGGAAGUAGAUCACCAGGCCUAUCUUCCUACUUAAAAAGAUAGAGUAGGUUUUUUUUAAUUUAUGUUAAUUUUAUGCAGUUGAUCUGCUUCAAACUACAGUUAUCUUUAAAAGGGGAAACACACAAGAUUGGCAUUUUCCAGGGCACCCAGCCUUCCUACCAAGGCCUCUUCCAAAAUCUUAGUAUAAAACUCUAUUGUAGUGGAUGUUCCAUGUUGGAGUGAGGUCUGAUGUACAGAAUCCCUGACUUGCCCUUAUACCUUAGGGGUACAAAGGAUGCUGUGUUAGUAGGUGACUGUGUAUCCUGGUUUGCCACUCCUGAUUGACUUCGCGUGUUCUCCUGAUGUAAUUAUUAACAGCACCUCUCACUCUCAACCAUGGCCUGGUUUGCACAAUAAAUUCUGUGGUCCCUUUCCCCACAGAGGUUAUGGAAAUAGCCUUGGGGAUGUGAUUUCUUCAGUGCCUUAGUCAUGUGAACCCCCCAAAGAGGCACUCUAAUUCCUGGCACCUGAUACACCCUAGCAAGAAACUUUUUACGUUUUUAUGCCCUCCCAAAAGUGUUUUAUGUGUACCUUCCUAGACAGAAGCGGAGACACGGGCUUGCAGUCUGUCAGAAGGCUGGAGAAAGAAUUUUUGUAUUAAAAUUGCUGCUCACCUUCCUUGAAUAAGAUUAGAUUAAUAAAACUGUUUCUUUAUAAUAUUAACAUUUGUUGAAUGACUUUUCCUUUUAGUUCUUUGGAGUAUAUGCCCUUUGCGGUGGAGUCAAUUCCGACGGAUAGGGACCCCAUGUAUUACAGAGUAGAGCUGCUCCAUAGGGUUUUCUUGGCUGUAAUUUUCACAGAAGCAUAUCACCAGGCCUUUCUUCUGCAGUACUACCAGGUGGGUUCGAACUGCUAACCUUUAGGUUAGUAGUCGAGCACAAACCCUUUGUGCCACCUAGGGACCAUUUCGGGGUAUAUAAGAUGUCUGUAAAAUUACUGAGACAUCUUUUAACAUGUAGAUCAGAAAGUGACUGGAAAGCUCAGACAGGAUUUACAGGUAGCCCCCGGCUUACGACAUAUCCGAGUUAUGACAAACUGCACAUACAACUGUUUUUUGUUUGUUUUUACGUCUUAUCAUUAGUAAUAUGUACAACAUAUAAUUUUGCAGGACGUAAUUUACUGAUGUUAUCAUUUGCAGAUGUUCAAAGAUUGGAUUUAUAAAGAUACUGAUAAUAAAAGGGAAUAAUAAUGAAAAGUAAAGAAAAAAAGUGGUACUCGACUUACGUCAGAACUGACUUAUGAUGGAAUCAUUGGAAUGGAACCCUGUUGUAAGUCAGGGACUGUCCCUACUAGAGAAACAGUGUGGGGAACCCCCCCUACCCCGCCCCUG